AGCCAAUGGUUGAAAAUCAGCCAUUUCCUCUGUAGAAAAGUACGAAGAGUUGACAGCUGACCGGUGACAACUCUAUCCAGGCUAACAAUUGUUUGAUGUGCCUGUACAAUCUAUAAAUGACUAUCUGUAUGCAACAAUGCCAAAAGACAAAUAUGAGCCUCCUAGUGACAAGAGACAGCACCGGAUUAUGCAAAGAAGUGAGGUAGCAGAGGGAAAACAGUCCAGAUGGAGCGAGUUGGAAAUAUUUGGAUAUGUUCAGAACUUAAGCUUGCAGCUGUGGAAGGUAGAAUGGCUGACUGUUCUCUACCUCGACAACAAUCACCUGUCUCAUUUGCCGGCUCAAAUAAGCCACCUUGUGAAUUUGAUACAUCUUGAUGCCUCCCAUAAUUUCAUCAUCACUCUACCCCCUGACAUAGGAGACUUGGUUCGUCUCCGAGAGCUCAGGUUAGGCUCAAAUCGCAUUCGGGAGUUGCCAUAUGAACUGGGGAAAUGCUUUCAGCUGGAAGUGCUUGAUCUAUCGAACAAUCCACUGAAUUAUGAUCUGAACAAGUGCUAUACAGAAAGUGCCUCAAAGCUCUUGAUGACCCUGAUGGACAAUAUCCAAUGUGAGUAUAUAAACAUUUCAUUGUUCUUCUCGGGAGAGGGCUCAGUAGUUCGCCUGCCAACCUGGAGUUCGAUCCCCACAGGCACUGGAAAUAUCGUCCGACGUGGUCUGUUCUUUGUCGGUGCAAUUGUCAGGUACCGACACAGCACUGACUGUCGACUUUUGGACUCUGGCGCCCUUCAUUCAGUUCCUGAGUGGAGUCCAGCCACUUCAAGUGCUCUUGUGGCUGCAGGUGGCGCCAUGAUGUCACGCCCAGGGCCAGGGCCAGGCCCAGGCUCAGGCUGCUUGCGUAGACGCCCUGUGGCCGUUCUGAGAACCCGUGACAAUCUUUUAGCACGACCACACUUCCCGGUUUCCAGCUUUUGA